UUUUUUUUUUUUGUAAUUCGCAACAACCAACCAAAAAUUGAAAAUUGAAAUGUCUGCUGCUAACUCAAAGUCAAAGUCAAAGCCACAGUCACAGACACAGUCGCAAAAGUCACCAUCACCGACGCUCUGGACCAAAGCCUUUACGCGCGACCUCGAUUGGCGCAAAGAUGAGCUCCGGAAUGUAGUAUUCUGGGUAAUUUCACUCUUCUCUCUCGUUCUCGGUACCCUCCUAGGUGUACUUGAUUUUCAAGGACUUCCCUGCUUAGCCCUGUACUUUGCCACCGUCGUUGUUGUCCCGUCGUUUUAUUGGAAUACGUUUUUGGGCGUUGAUGAGGAGGAUUUUGGUGGGAAAAUGGAGAUUCUGGGGGAUAGUCUUGGUCCUGCUGCUGCCAUGUUUGUGCUGAGCUGGGUGGGAACUUUUAGUAUGAUUUACGGAUGAAUCUUUUUUUUUUUUUUUUUAGUUUUGGACUUGGAUUUUUCGUCAUUGAGGAAAUUUGGUCACGCUAUUAGCUCCUUUUGUCCACAUGACCGUUAAUUAAGGACAAAAGAAUAAAACCAGCAAAGUCGCAGUGGGUCCAACAAGUAUAGGGCGGGGAUUUUUUAUUGCUUUUUUAUUGCGAGUUUUCUGUCAUUUAUUGCAUCCUGUUCCUCUCCCUCUCUUCUUUUUCUUUUCUUUUUUCUUUACUUUA